AUGGCAUCAGUUGCAGCUUCAAUUCGAAGGGUUGUGACCACCACUGCUCGCCAGUCACCCUUACAAGUAUGUCGGUCUGCAAUUAAGAUGCCUCUUGUCCCCCGGUCGUUUUCAUCAUACCAAUCCCUAUGGGCCGAAAUGGACACCGGUAGUCAAGUAGGAAUGAAUGUGCAAGCUGGACAGAGAGUAGAAGUUUUAGACGGAGUUGCUCACCGUGAGCCACCUGAGGGGGAUCUGGACAAUAUCGCUGAGAAGGAAUGGGAGUUUGACGAUUUCAGCUCCAUGGCACAUGCGGAACUUGAGAGGCAUAGGGAGGCAAGACAAUAUGCCAGAAUAGCGGCGUAUGAAAUGCCACGACUAUCCGAGCUUGUCAGGCCGUUCGUCCCCCCCAACGAAAAGGAAAUUCUCCGUUUUCGCUACACUACUUAUAUGGGCGAAAAACAUCCAGCUCAGUCCAAAGUAGUUUGCGAAUUUGCCACAUCAGAUCUUCCCCUCACACAGGUCGAGAGGAAUAAGUUGAUUAAGCUUGCGGGGGUCAGAUAUAACCCUGACACGGAUAUCGUUCGCAUGUCGAGCGAGAUGUUUCAGCACCAGGCGCAGAAUAAGAGGUAUCUUAGUGAUUUGGUAGACUCCCUUGUUGCGGAAGCAAAGGAUUCGACAGAAACAUUUGAGGAUAUACCAUUCGACUUUCGACAUCAUGAAGCAAAGAAAGCCCCCCCUAAGCCGAAAUUUCCGAAGGAGUGGAGGUUGAGUCCUAAGAGACGGGCACAGCUAGAGGAGGAGAGAGCAAACCUUGAAAACAUGUUUGAGCAAUAG